AUGGCAUCAUUUGGUAUCGGCUCUUCCGCUUCCGCCGCCGGUGCCGGUGCCGGCUCAGGCGGUGGAGGCGCGGCCGCUGCCUCCGCCGCCGCCGCCGCCAGCGCUGCCGGUGGCGGCGCUGGGUCGGCCGCUGCCUCCGCCGCCGCCAGCGCUGCCGGUGCCGGUUCGGGCGGUGCAGGAGCAGCCGCUGCCUCCGCCUCCGCUGCCGCCGCCUUCGGUGGGCGCGGAGGAGGAUUCAGAGGACGUGGAGGAUUUAGAGGAGGACGUUUUGGGUCCGGAGGAGGACCUGGUGGGUUCAGAGGAGAACGUAGAGGUGGGAGCGGACGUGGUAGAUUUCAAGGAGGCGGAGUCGGUGGAAUUUUCUUUUCGAGAUUUGCGCGUGACGUGGGCGAGGACGAGGACACCCACGGCCGGCUGAUGGAGAUCAUCUCCGAUCAGGACGAGAGCGGCUGCGGCAAGCGGCUGGUGUGCGAGCUGGCCGCCGCCGAAGCCGAGGACGAGCGGCAGCUGCUGAUGGAGGAGCUCGCCAUCUUGGAGUUCGUCGGCGACAUCGUCCCCGGCGAAGACCUGAGGGCUCAAGGGGCGGCCCUGGACUACAAGCUCGCCAAGGAGCGAGGUAGGGAAGGGCGCGACUGCGGUCUCCUGUACCCGUCGUGCAUCUACAACGGCACCGAGAUCAUGACGUCAGUGCUGGCUUACCUGUCUUAAAGAGCACAUUCAGCUGAGGAAAAAGCCAUCACUGCACCUCUGUACACGCAGCUGUCUGGCUUUGUGUCAUCUGUCA